AUGCUUCGAUGCCAGGUAGCCUCGACACGCACACCCUUCCAGAAGCGCGUGCAAAAGGAAUUGGACAGCCUAGAAGCACGUGCGGGCGAGGACGGGAUUUACGUGCACGACUAUCCUGACACCGACACCUGUCGAAUUGACAUCUUGGGAGCCCCUGGAACAUUGUACGCUGGCGAGCGCUUCCUCCUUCGGUUUCGGUUUUCUGCGCGCUACCCAUUUGAGAGUCCAGAGGUGGUCUUCGAAGGCGAGUCACCAAUGCAUCCUCACAUCUACUCGAACGGGCACAUUUGCUUAUCGAUCCUCUACGAUGCGUGGAGUCCAGCCCUCACGGUCCAUGCCGUCUGCAUGAGCAUUGUCUCGAUGCUUAGCUCCGCUCAAGAGAAAGUGCGGCCCAAGGACGACGCGUCAUACGUUUCAAGGGUGGGACAUAGAUCGCCAAAGCUGUCCAAAUGGCACUUCGACGAUGACCGAGUGUGA